CAUGCCAUGGCUGUCGUUCAAUCCCAGCAAGAAAACCAUCCAUUGUCAACAUGAGUGGAGGCUGCUGCAGGGCGACAGAGCAGCUAGAUCGCACUGCAACCAGAAAUUCGCUUAGCCCCACUACUACGCUCCGCUGAAAAUUCGGGACCGCGUUUGCCAGUGGCGAACCAUUGUGUUUUUUCACGGUUCAGGCUGAGCAGUUCGUCUGGCAGCCAUGGCCGCCACGUCAUCCCCUGAUCAAGACAAUUCCAGCACGGGAGGAAUCUCGCCGCGCAAGCCGGGUCCAUUAGCUCCUAGAUCGGAAACCCUAGGUUGCACAGCGAAUUCAACAUGCGAUCUGGCAUCGAAUUUGCCGUCGCUGUGCGACUUGCCAGCCCCAGUCGUCGCCCACAUUCUCUCGCGAUCGCUGAGCGAUCCGCGCGACGUCGUCGCCGUGCGGAGCGUCUGUCGCUUUCUUCGCGCGGCGGCCGCCUCGGCGCCUCUCCAACUGUCGCUCUUGCAGAGGGAUAGGCCACGUGUCUCUCGAAAGGACGUGGCCAAUGGGAAUGUGCCACGUGAGCAAAAAGCCAGCGAGCCUAUCGCAUCCUUCCCCUUACACAGCUCUACGUGGUGCUCCCAGGCAGUACGGGGGAUUGCACACAUGGCGCCGUUGCUGCACACGCUGUCACUUGCCAGUUCAGCAGUCUCCGAUGCUGACGUGGCGGCGUGUGUGUCCUCGCUGGCUAGGAUGCAAGUGCUGGUGCUGGAUAACUGCAGGAAGCUCACAGAUGCGGUGGCAUCGCCCCUCGCCUCCUCCCCCUCCCUCUCCACCAUCUCUCUCCAUCGCUGCUUCGGCCUCACCCCCCGCACCGUUUUCCUCCUCCUCGAAGCUUCCAGGAAAGAAGGCUCCCUGCUGACUGCUCUCCUCUUCAGCCACGUGGACAGGCUUUCUGUGCGCCACGUGGCACCUCCACAACCCCUAGCCCCAUCACCACCAACACCUGCAGCAGCAGCAGAAGCAGCAGCAGAUAACACCUCCCUUGCUGCAGAUACAACCUCCCCAAGUGCCGCCCAGAGCGAGCCUUCAGAGGAGGAUGGGCUUAUGGCGUUUCUUGGAUUGACUCAGAAGAAAGAGGAGGAGGACUCCUUCCCAGCAGCGGUGUCUCGAGCUCUCCACCGCCCCUCCUCCCUGCGCUCCCUCUCGCUUCACUCCUGCCAAGCGCUCUCAGGAAAAGCGCUCCAGCUCAUCGCUCUCACCUGCCCCAGUCUCGAGGUCCUCUGCCUCGGCGGCUCCUCCUUCCCCCUCCUCCCUGACGCCCUCUCCCUGCCCUCGCUCUCCCGCCUCCUCCUCUCGCUCCCUCCCCACACCGCCCCGCCCUCCCUGCUCUCCCGCUUAGCAUCUGCCUCCCCCUUACCGAGAGCAGCAGAUGCAGCAGCAGCAGUGGGAGGAGCAGCAGCACAAACAGCAGCAGCCACGCCAGCAGCAUCAACGCCAGCAGUAGCAUUUGCACCAGCAGCAGCAGAUGCCGCAGCAGCAGCAGCAGCAGCAGCAGCAGCUGGGAACAGAGGAGGCACGGACCGAUUUGCGGGAUGGGGGGAGGGGGAGGUGAGAGGACAGGUGCGGCCGGGGGAGGUGCUUGGUUGGUUGGCGGUGCUGCUGGGGAGGCUGCGACUGGUGGAGGUGUCAUUCUGGGGCAGGGGUGUGAUGGACGAUAUCAGCGAAGCCACCCGCCACCUCCCCCACCCUCCUCUCCUGCUCGACCUCUCCACGGACCGAGGGGCGCUCCUCGCGGCCCAUGUCUCCCGCCACGCCGCCCGAGUCCAUUCUCGCGCGUCUGAAGGUGCCGCCCACACGCCUCUCCGCAUCCACUGGCACUUUCCGUCCUUUGUGGCCGGUACGGCUCAAAUGGCAGCACCGCAAGUAACAAAAGCGCAAGUUACUGCAGCAGAGACAAUAACCGAUGCCACGCCCACCCCUGCUGCUGCUGCUGCUCCCAGUGCUGCUGUUGCUGCUGCUACUGCUCGGACCCUGUCUACUGCUGCGGCUGGUAAAGCCCAGCUCUUAUGCCGGCAGUGCGUGAAAGCCACUCGCACUCCCUCCCCCUCUCGCACUGCAGACGACUGCUGCUGUGGCCUGGACUGGCAGGGGGAAACGCUGCUGCUCCCCCUCUCCCUCUCCCCGCAUGCCCUCCUCUCCCCUCCCCCCUUCCUCCCCCCUUCCGCCCUUCUCUGGUCGCUUCGCUCCGCCGCUGGCUGCAGCAGCCCCCAGCAGCGCUCCCCCCUCCACGUGGCAGCCCUGCUGCAGGAUACACGUGGCACCCAGGCAUUGGUUGACGUGAGAGGGGAGGGGAAAGGGGGAGGGGAGGAGGGAAAAGAGGGAGAGGAGGGAGAGGAUGGGGAGGAGGGGAGUUAUAGUGAGAGGAUGAAUAGACUACUGUGGGAGGAGUGGGAGAGGGAGGAGGAGGAGGUGGAGAGGGAGUGGCGAGAGUGGCAAGGCAGGGACGAGGGGCUGGAGGGGGUGAGAGGAGAGGGCGGGAGGGAAGAAGGUGGAGGAGGGGAUGGGGCUGGUGAGGCUGGGGUGGCUGGGGUGGCGGGUGUUGGCUGUGGUGGUGGUGAUGGUGGGGGUGAUAACAGCGAGCUAGGGGGAGGAGAAGAAGGUUGUGCUCAGGAUGACAUGGGAGGGGAGAGAGGAGGGGAGAAAGUAGGGGAGAAAGAAGAAGAGAGAGGAGGGGAGAGGGGAGGGGAGAGAGAGGUUGACUUGGGGGGCGAGGGGCGGCUAGUGCUGAACAUGAAGGACAAGGGCGGAGCCACAGCGCUGUUUCUCGCAGCAGAGGCGGGGGAUGCCUGGACUGUGGAGGUGCUCCUCCAAGCAGGUGCCGACAUGGCAGUGAGCAACCGGGGUGAGGAGACCCCUCUCUACAUCGCAUCUCUCAAGGGCCACCUGUGGGUGGUGCGGCGACUGCUGGCGCACUGCGGGAGGAGAGGACUGGACUGGCAGGGGGAUGCGAGCUUGCACAGGGGAGGGUCUGGCUGGACCCCCCUCAUGGCAGCAGCUCUCUCCAACCACAGGGACGUGCUCCACACACUGCUCUCACAUGGCUGCCCCACACCCAACACACCACAAUUAGACAAGCCGACGACUCACAGUCCAACUGCUGCACCUGCAAAAACUGAGCCUCCUGCCGGUGAAGCACCUGCUACCAGUGAAGCACCUGCUACCAGUGAAGCACCUGCUACCAGUGAAGCACCUGCUACCAGUGAAGCACCUGCUAGCAGUGAAGCACCUGCCACGAUUGAAGCAUCUUCAACUACUGAAACGUCCUCCUCCAUCCCUGGUUCCCCACCCGAGCCCUCUUCCACCACCACAGCAACAUUCUCCCCCAGCUCCUCCCCCUCCUCCUCGCCCGCCUCCUCUUCCCUCUCCUCCCCUCCAUCUCCCCCUCCUGUCUCCUCCCCACCUCCUCCCCCUCCCCCCUCGCCCACUUUCAUCAACAAGCAAAACGCCUACGGGCUCACAGCGCUGCACAUAGCCGCACGCCAUGGCUCCUCCCCUUUCAUUCAAGCCCUGCUGGCUGCAGGCGCCUCUGCUGCCGUGCCUGGGCCGUACGGCGAGCGUGCGUCGGGCCUGGCGAGGAGGUUCGGGCAUUCCGAGGCUCUUCAGCUGCUGCUGGCGGCGGAAGGGAGGGAGAUGGGGGUGGGUGGGAAGAGAGGGGAUGGCAAGGGGAACAUGGGGAGUAAGGGGAGCAAGGGGAAGGGGGCGAGGAGGAAGGGGAGGGGGGUCAAGAGUAACGACCAGCAUAAUUGACGCAUGGCAUCAGCUCCAUUUUUGUCAAGCUGCCGAACUGCUGGAGGCAGCUGAAUAUGGGACAGGGAUUGCUGCAUUCUAACUCCUUCGUGAGGGCGUUGUGUUGUACCAAAUUGUGAAAAUGUCAGGCCAAUAGGCAAUAAGAUUAUGCACUGCAAUAAGAGGAUGUGCUGUGGAAUGGUACUUCGCUCCUACUUCCAACCAAUG